AUGGAGCAGCUGGCGGCGGGGCACUUGUCGCCCUUCAACGACGGCCAGGGCGCCUUUGCGCAGUUCGACCCCUCCAAGGAGCUGGGCGCCUGCCCUCCCUUGGGCUACUGGGACCCCUUCGGCAUGAUGGCCUUCCAGGAUGAGCAGAAGUUCCGGAAGAACCGGGAGCUGGAGCUGAAGCACGGCCGGAUCUGCAUGGUGGCCACCAUCGGUAUGAUCGUGCCGGACCUCUUCGGCCGCUUCGGUGGCUACCUCUCGCCCUCCAUGAACCUGAAGUUCUCGGACAUCCCCUGCACAAUCGAGGCCAUCUACAAGGUGCCGGCGGCCGGGUGGCUGCAGGUCUUCGCGCUGGCCGGGGCGCUGGAGGCGAAGAAUUUGGCCUUCCCCACCAACUACGGGUACCCGCCCUUCUGGGGCCAGAUCAACACCCUCUCCGCCGAGGAGAAGAAGAAGAAGCUUCUGGCCGAGAUCAACAACGGGCGCUUGGCGAUGAUGGCCAUGGCCGCCAUCGUGGCGCAGAACGGCGCCACGGGCCAGAGCCUGGUGGAGCAGUUCACCACAGGCAAUCUGAACCCCUUCGUCGGCGGCUACGCCCAGCAGGAGCAGGGCGACCGAAUUGCCAUGCGCGCCAACUCGGAGGCUCUUCCCUGGGCCCCGGUGCCUGAGAACCUGACCAACAACAUCAUCGGGCCCUACGUGGGCGAUGCCGGCUUCGACCCGGCGGGCUUCGCCAAGAACACGCGGCUGCUUCCGUGGUAUCGCGAGGCGGAGCUCGCCCAUGGCCGGGUCUGCAUGUUGGCGGUCCUGGGCUAUACCGUGCAGACCUCCGGCGCUAAGUGGGAGCCCUUCAUCACCCGCUACCCCACAGACUCCGCGGACCCUUUGAAGGCCGCCACCCAGGUGCCCAUCAUCGGCUGGCUGCAGAUCCUCACCGUCAUCGCCUUGUCGGAGCUUUGGCGCUACGAGAACGUGAUCUCCAAGUACAGUGAGGGCGUGGCGCCCGGGGACUUGGGCUGGAACCCCGUGGCCCCCGCGGGGUCCAAGCGGCCCAAGUGGUUCGGCCCAACCUUCGAGGCCAAGUACACCGCCGAGGCGGCGGGGAGGUGGCGGGAAGGCGGCGGAAGGUACGGCGGGGAGAAAAGGCGAGCAAACCAGCAGGUUUCGGGGGGGGAAGGUGGUGGGGGGGGGGGGGAGUUGGGGGGGGGGGGCGAGGGGUGUUUUUUGGUUUGUUUUGUUUUUUUGGGGGGGGGUUUGGCCGGUGUGGGCACGUGCGUCGAAACGUGA